AUGGCGACCGGGUUCCCGGCGAUGAUGGCCGUCCCGGGUGCCGUUCCUAUGUCACCCUCCGGCACGCCGGUCACUCCCAUGACACCAGUGGUGUUUUCACCGCGCCAGCUUCUGCAACACGCUGUGCAGGGUGUGCAUACGCCGACUGCUCCGGGUCCUCGGCUGGCCGGCGUCUAUCGCCCGGGAGGACCGGUGCUGCCUACUCCGGCGUCGAUUCAGCAGGUUCCCUUGGGCUGGCCCGCUGGCAUCGUGCCUGCAGGCGCAGGUGCCAAAGUCGUGGUCAGUCCGACGCAGGUGGCCUCCCCGGCGUCGACUCCUGUCAAGGGUGGCUCAAUUGUGCAAGAAGCAACCCCUUCACCGCAGCC